AAAUUUAGUAAAUAUCUAUAUCUCUCUCUAUAUAGAUACACAUAUCCACUCAUUAAAUUUUAUUUACAUUAAAUAACAUAUUCCGCAUCCGGCAAUCAUGUCAUACCGUUCCAGUGAGGCUAAGAAGGAAGAGUUCCGCAAGUAUUUGGAGUCCAAUCAAGUUAUUGACGCACUAACACGAGUGUUGGUGAAUCUAUAUGAAGAGCCCGAAAAGCCAGAGGAUCCGGUGGAAUACAUAAAGAAAGUGUUAGGAGGAGCUUCGGUAGCAGACUACGAAGCCCUCCAGCAAGACAACGUGCGCCUACGUGCGGAAGUGGAGACGCUGAAAAGAAAAUUGAGUGAACUUUCUCCAGCACAAUAA